AUGCUCGGCAAGGGGAUGUUUGCGCGAAAAGCCCUCAUCGGCACAGUGGUGGUGGGCUUAGUGGGUCUCGGCGGUGGCUACUCCAUGUAUCAGCGUCGCCUGCGCGACAACCGCAGCGUGACCGCCGAAGCUUUCAAUGCAAUGCAGGACGCCACAACACUAGAUGAGGCUUUUAAGAAGCUUUGCGACCCCGACGAACAUCCCCUCAUCCAGUUUUACCGGUACACUACGUGCCCGUGGUGUGGCACUGUCAAGGCAUUUCUGGACUACAACAAGGUUCCACACGAGUGCGUCGAAGUGGAGCCCAUGUUCAAGACGCAGCUGGCGGAGAGCAUGUACAAAAAGGUGCCGCAGCUGCGGUUCGACUCCAAGACAGGCUCCAGGUCAUACUUGGUUGACUCGCAAAUCAUCGUCGACACUCUUAGCGAGAAAAUGGGCCUCGGGCGUCAGCUGAAGGAUGAGGAUGUGAGCAAGUGGCGCACAUGGGCUCGUAGCUCUCUCGUCCGCUUUGUCACUCUCGAGUUUAAUCGCUCCCUCUCCGCGGCGUGGGCCGGCUACUCCUACAUCGACGACUGCAAUACCAUUCCCUACGCCAACAAGCUCUUCCUCAAGGUGAUCGGUGCGCCCGUCAUGUACCUGGUUGCCAUGAAGGUCACCAAGCCGCGCCUUGUGAAGGCCGGUCUCAUGAAAGCUGACGACGACCCGAAGCAGCGCCUGCACGACGAGGUGAACCGCUUCACUUCUGAGGCGCUCGUCGACCCCAAGUCCAAGAGGCCGCGAACCUUUCAUGGCGGCGGAAUCCCGGACUUGGUGGACCUGGACACCUACGGCGUUCUUCAAUCCGUCCGUGGCCACCGCAUUUACAACGAAAUGGUCAGCGAGACCCAGAUCGGUCCAUGGCUGCAGGCAAUGGACAAGCUCAUGGGGAAGGCAUAG